CUGCGCCCUGGGGCAGGGUCCCGGUGUUGCGUGUUCCGGUGCAUCCUCAGAGUGUGUCGGUGCUGGGCAGGGACGUGCGCGGAGCUCUGGGCAGGGACGGCGGCGCAUUGCAUUUCCGAGGCAAAUGAAAAGGAAGGGGCCGCUCCGCAUGGCGAGGGGCUAGGAGCGAGCGGCUGUCCCCUCCCUGACACACACCCGGGCGGCAGGAGCGCUUUCUGUUGCUGUGCCUGGCGGAGUAAGCGGCCAGCAUGGACCAAGUGGAGAUCUUACGGACUUUCAUUCAGAAAGUGCAGGCCAUGAACAACAAGGACCACAACGGGGAGGACAACUUCGCCUGUGACUUCAUGAGAUUAAGAAGGCUCUCCACAAAAUAUAGAACAGAGAAGAUUUACCCGACAAUCACUGGAGAAAAAGAAGAUAAUGUCAAAAAGAACAGAUAUAAAGACAUUCUGCCAUUUGACCACAGUAGAGUUAAACUUGCACUGAAAAUUCCACCUCAUGAAUCUGACUACAUCAAUGCAAAUUUUAUCAAGGGAGUGCAUGGCCCUAAAGCAUACAUAGCUACCCAGGGGCCUUUAGCUAACACAGUAAUAGAUUUCUGGAGGAUGAUUUGGGAAUACCAGGUCAAGAUAAUUGUAAUGGCUUGUCGUGAAUUUGAAAUGGGAAGGAAAAAAUGUGAGCGGUAUUAUCCAAAUUUUGGAGAACAAGCUUUAACGUUAGGACCAUUCCAUGUUUCCUGUGAGGAAGAGCAGUCUAGAAAAGAUUUCUUUGUUAGAAAACUUACGGUGGAGUUCCAGAAUGAGACUCGCACAAUUCUUCAGUUUCACUAUAUAAAUUGGCCGGAUCACGACGUCCCAUCAUCUUUUGAUUCUAUUCUUGACAUGAUUGGUUUAAUGCGGGAUUAUCAAGCUCAUGAGGAGGUUCCUAUAUGUAUACAUUGCAGUGCAGGAUGUGGAAGGACAGGAGCCAUUUGUGCAAUAGACUAUACAUGGAAUCUGCUGAAAGCACGAAGGAUACCUGAAGAGUUUAAUGUUUUCGGCUUAGUUCAAGACAUGAGGACACAGCGGCAUUCAGCAGUCCAAACUAAGGAACAGUACGAACUUGUACAUCGCGCUAUAGCUCAGCUAUUUCAGAAGCAACUGGAAGUGUAUGAGAGUGAGUCCAGAAAAAUUGUGGAUGACUUGGAUGAAAAUUCUGAAGAUGCAGUGAAUUCAACAGAGAAUGACAAAAUGGAUUCUCCUCCACCAAAGCCCCCAAGAAUCCGUAGUUGCCUUGUAGAAGGAGAUGUCAAAGAAGAAAUCUUGCAACCACCAGAGCCUCAUCCUGUGCCACCAAUUCUGACACCUUCCCCUCCUUCUGCUUUCCCAACUGUGACUACUGUGUGGCAAGAUAGUGAUCGUUACCAUCCAAAACCUGUCCUGCACGUAGUAUCCUCUGUAAAUACGACAGACAUGAAUGAGAACUAUAACAAAUCAGGGGACGUAGUUGAAAAAGGAGAGCCCGUUGUAGAGAAGAAGCUAGAACGUAAACUAAGCAUAGAAAUAAAGAAAGUACCUCUUCAAGAAAGCCCAAAAAGUUUUGAGACCAGUACGGGUCUUCAGCGGGGACUUGGCUUUAAAAUAAAAUCUACUUCAUCUUAUGCAAUUGACCAAUUGCCUAAAACUCAAGUGUCUAGUUCUUUGGAGUCUCUGUCAUUAAUAUCAUCGAAUCCUUGUGUUGACUGUGAAAGUUCAAGAUCUACUAAAUCUUUAGAAGAUGUGCCACUGGAUAGAAGCACUGAUCCCCCAGCAAGACCAGAUCAUCUUCCACUAGAAAAAGGAGGACUUUCAGAUUCUGCCAGUUUGGGAAAUGAGCAUACGGAGAGUAAAAAUGAGUCUUCCUCUGCUGAUAAACAUUUAGAUGUGUGUCAUUCUGAUAGUAAGACUGUACUAAAUAGCAGUGCUCCCCAAACAGGGAGUCAUGCUGACCUCAACAACACUCCUGCACUUCAGGCACCGUUAUGUUUUACCAAUCCUCUUCACUCUGAUGACUCCGACACAGAGGAGGGAAAUUCAUAUGGGGCUAUGGAAAAAAACUUGUCUAAUAUAUCGACCGCAAGUGCCACUGUUUCUGCAUUGUCUGAAAACCCAUCAGUUAGAAAAGUAUUGCCCAUGUCAAUUGCCAGGCAUGAAUCUUCUGUGAAGCACCCAUGUUCUGAAAAAGGUCAUCAGUCUGAUACUACUGCAGAGACUCUGCAGGGAAAGAGCAUGGGUUUAAAAGAAGAAAUGAUGGUGCCACAGAACAGUGCAGCUGAAGGUGAAAAAUCAGCAUCAGGGAACUCACCAUCACAGUGCACAUGAUGGCUACCAAAAGAGGAAACUUUGCCUUUUCAAUGGACAGUGAUCAAGCCUGCAGAUGGAGCAGCAUGAGAUGCUAUACAUAAAUUACAAGACCGUACCAUAGAAAGUGCCACUACUAGGACAGUAUUCCAUGACCAUCACAUUUCCAUGUUGUAGGUUUGCCUGCACAAUGGUACAUUCUGCUGUACAAUUCCAUAUCUAUAUAAUAGCUCCCAUAUUUAAGAGGGUUGAUUCCAGUGUCAGUGCUAAAUGUUUCUUUGCUGGGACCAUAUACCUGCCUUAUAUAACACUUUGGUUUAAAACAAGAAAGUAUUACAUAUGAUUUGGUAAAUUAAUGUAUUACAGUACUGCCUUAAUGUCUUUUAACCCUGUUACACGCUGCUUGUAGAUCUGUUAAUAUAGUAAGACUUUUAUGAUAGUUUACAGACUACUUUUUUGCUAACUUUUGAUUAAAUUGUAUGCAUUUUUCUAUUUGUACAGGGCAAGCAGGUAUAUAUUUGACAAAAUAGCAGUCAUAAAAUAUUAACAGAAGAUGUAAGAAAUCUCAGCAUGGUAUUAACCUGUUCUUUAUACAGAAUGUAAAUUAUUGGCCCUGAUGUUUUAGUUUUUUUUUUUUUAAAUCAUUCUAGCUGGCUGAGAAACCCAGCAUUGCAGGUUAACCAAUAAGAUUGUAAUACAGUUUGUAAAUUGUAAGCUAAAGGUUAUUUUUAUAAUAUACAUUGUUUCAUUGUCAACUUAUUUUGUCCUGUUUUAUUAUUUGGUUGUCGGACAAAAAUAACAAAAAAAAACACCAAUUGUGGUGAUGAAUAUUUAUACCCUUCAGUAUCAUUGACACACAUACUGGUAUGUAGCCCUGUAGGGAAAAAUAUUCUACCAGUAUAGACAAUGAUGGGUCAUGUUACAAAUUAAUGGGAUCGGCUUAAUAAAUAUGGCAGCGUAAAAAGCCUGGCGGCAUAUCCAGUAUUUUCCAGAUGCAGAACUAAGAACAUGAAAUAAGGAUCAUUUCAUGUUGCACUUGGGGCAUGUUUUAAUUAAAAUGCAUAUG